GUUGAAGCUUCAUAAGCUUUCCUAAAGAAAGGAAGUGGAAACACGUUGUGGUUUAGUGUCUGCACUGAAAGGAAAUCUGCAGUUUGAUCAAUGCUUUUACAGACGAAAGACAAUGGAGAAGAUCAUGCUCUUUGUGUGUUUUUUCAUACUUGAUUGUUCAGAUCAGCUCCAGCGAUGCUUCAGAACAUAAUAUGACUCUGUUAAGAUUCCGGCUGAAUGAAACCAUCAUUCUGAACUGCAGCAUGACCCACACAUACGAAAUAGCCUGGUAUCACCAGAAUCCUGAAUCUGGACGACUAACACUGCUGAUAUUUGCUAUGGGCAGGAUAAAAAAGCUAAAUUCAUUGCGUGUAAACACUCGUGCAACAGUUAAAGCAGAUAUAUGGAGCAACACAGUCUCGCUUAUUAUUACUGGACUAAUGGAGUCAGAUUCAGGUCUUUAUUUCUGUGGAACAAGAUCAGCGACUUCAGAAAUGCACUUUGAGAAACCCAUCAGACUACAGCUUGAGGACAAGCUGACAGACAGAGAGGACGAAGCUCAUUCUGAUGUUGAGAUCACAGACUGGCUGACGCUGAUGGAGCGUGUGCUGAUGUUCGGUGGUGUUGGUUUGGCUGUGCUGGUGUUUUUUCUGGUUAUAAUCAUUGCAGGAAGAAAAAUUUACUGUCAUGGUUGGCGGAAAGGAUGGAUCGCCGCCGAACAUGUUGUUCUGAAUGUUCAAAAAUCACCUAAAUGACAUUUGUGAGCUUUAUUUUUGACUCUAUCACAAUAAUCAGCAUUUUAUACUUUACACCAGUGGUGGCUCACCAGUGUGAUUCAGAUGUGUUUCUGUCGGCCAGAUCUCAUAGACGUCUGUUUUAUCUGUUUCAUGGCAAUUAACUUGUUCAAAUAAAAUGAGAGAUUUCUGAUCAAAUAAUCAGCAGUAAAACUAAGAA